AUGUUGGGUGAUGCAGGGGACAAGGUGAAUUUUCCCACCUACCCUUCUGGUUGUGGGAAAAGUCAACCCUCAGCUCUUCAGCUCUCACAUGCCCUAGUGACGCUCUUCUCAUCACUUGUCGGCCUGGUGUCAUCUAAGCACAGAGACAAGCGGCGGUCGGAAACAGAGAAGGGACUAACUUGUUGGUCUUCACUUGUCUUCCCCUCGACCCUCCAGACAAGCCCUCCUGCGUCUGUGCUCGAUUCCGUCCGCAGAGUUCGACGACUGCGACUAUCCGACACGUUGAAGUGA